UAUCAUCGCUUUUCUUGGCAGUAUCGGCAGCGGUCAUGCACUUCAUUUGUUUUCUUCUGUGUACGUGUCUGACACACGGCGGCAUGUUCGACUCGGAGCAUCCUUUCUUUCCUCCUUCUCCUUCGAACCGCAUCCUCUGGUGGAAGACUCUCUCAGAAUCGCAUCUUUGGGUGAGGGAGGAUGAGGGAAGGGCUUUGGAUUUCUCAGCUGGGCGACAGCUGGAGCAUUCGCCGAAAUCUCAACCGGAACAGCCCGAGCCGAGGUCCAAGGGCCCGCCCAAGGAAACGAGGCAAAAAAACCCCGCAUCCGCGAAAUGAAAAGAAGCCACGCCUCGUCGCGGCACGUGUCUGGGUCGUCAAGGAACUGCUCGACAAGAGCUGCGUAUCAUGUAGACUUUGCGUUUAUGAGACGAGCCGGGGGAAGGGCCUCACGAUUCCAUCUUUCAGCAUUGGACGACAUCGAAUGGUUGCCUUGGAGCUCGGCUCGACUCGGCCCCGCUGUUGCGUCAGGCACGCACACAGAACAGAACGAAUGAGGCGGCGGCGGCGCGAGUUUCCCUUGGGUUGGGUUUUGUUCCUUUCUUCUGCUUCUUCUUCGUCUCUCAUUCAGUUCCGUCAUUCAUUCCUGCGCCUAAUUACCGCCGUGCUGGUGCUCUCUCUCUGCGUGUGUGUGUGUGUGUGCCAUUUUGACUUGCCUUUGUCUUUACUAUAUAUGUGUGCGUAUAUGUGCUGCUUCUGCUGGUGCUGCUGACUCUGCGGAGGGACCAGUCGGAGCACCCAUAGGCCGUCUUUGUUGGUAGUUGCCACUUUGCUGCUGCUGAAGACUCUGUAGAGAAGAGAGGGCAAG